UUACGCCGCGCCGAUUAUUUAGCUAACGGCUAACCUAAACAUUCUGUCUUGUUCUGUUAAUUAUUGUCACUUUGAUUUGCAAUUAAUAAAAUCAGUAAACAAAUGGCUACAGUGCAAAAUUAUGCUCUACGAGAGUUUGUUGGCAAAGUUGUAGAAAUUUUACCUAAACACAAAGCCAUAGUUCAGUUUCAGUUAGAUAAUAAAACUGAGCGUGCCCUAUUGUGGUACUAUAAAUUGAAAGUUAAUGGUCAAUCAUUGCCACAAGAAGGUUCUAUUGAUGAGUACCUCGAGAAGGGUGCUUCUUUGAAGUUUUUGUGUCAUAACUUUGAUGACAGUGGAGUUGACAGAUGCCGAUGGUAUAUAACCUGUGCUUGGAAGCAAGAUGCAAGAGACCUGGAUCUAAAAGAAAAUGAAACGAUUUUAAGUGGCUUAUACAACUGUACUGGACAGAUAGUACAAAUUGCUCGUCGUCAAGGAAUAUUAUCUUACUGUGUUGAUGGUCGGGAUGAGAACGUGUUGUUUCUCGCUAGCAAGGUGUUUGUGGCAGGCAAACGAGUUUCAGCCAAGGUUAACUUGCCUCAGCUGCCAGGGUUUGAGGAGGGCCGGUCACUCUUGUUCGACGCUGUGCCUUGUGACCCUGCAGACAAUGAUGGAAACUGCUGUUGGUUUGCCACCGUUGUUUGGAAGGGCUGGAAGCCUGUCAUGGAAUACGAUGAUGCGCGCAAUGUACGGAACUCAAAGGCCGCCCAACUCCCUCAGCUCACGGAGAUUAAGCUGAUUACUUCAAACCCCCACUUACUGUUUCUCCGCGGCGAGGGACAAGUAAUGAAAAUUAUUAAUGCUGAGUACGGCUUGGCUCUUGGGGCCAUCAAGAAGAACGUGUGGGAGAGUGUAAUGUUCCAUCGCAGCCACGUUCUGCUUUUUGAUCGUAACUUGGCUAAUGAAGAUCUCACGACCGUUUUUAAGGAAGGAGACAAGCUGCGUAUUGUUGCGGCCUCUGCACCCAAGAAGCUGGGAGUGCGCUGGGUGGCCUCCCAGGUGCGUGUGUUGAUCGACCCAUCAGUAGCUCACAGGUUUCAGUUCUGACCUGAGCCAGCAGCCAGUAGCAGAUCUGUUGCUGAUUGAAUUCUUUUACAAAGACAUGGCUGUCCAACUUGUGAUAUAAUUUUGUACAGUGGUGCAGUUGUAAUAUGUAUAUAAUUUUGUACAAAGAUGCAGUUGCAAUGUGUAUUUAAAUAAUUUUAUACAAUGAUGCAGUUCAAAUAUGUAUCUAAAUAAACUUUUUUUUACGUUUA